UAUAUAAUAUUAUCGAAGAAGGAAUUUAUCCAUCACCAUCAAUUUUAAAAUAUACUGCAAAGCCCGGACAAUAUAAAAUACCCGAUGAUUAUAAAAUUAAAACUAUUUGGGGCAAACCAAAUAAAGAAAUUACAAUUAUCGCUUCUAUUAAUUAUGUUAAUAAUCAACCAAUUUAUAAAAUUGAAUGGGUUAAUAAAAAAACUUACAAAGAAGAAGAAGUUUAUUCAGAUAAAUCGUCAUCAAAUGCAGCAUUAUUAUUUUCAAAGAAAUAUAAUGAAGGAAAAAAAACUGCAUAUCCUGGUCCAGAAAUAUUUGGUUUACAAAUAGAAUGUGUAGAAAAAGAACG